AUGUCUUCUGCCGCUGCUCGCGCCGAAGCGCGUCGUAAAGCUAUUCUCAGUCGCGGAACUGACCGACUGGCCAAAUUGACUACAUCUUCUGGACGGACAGAGGACCUUAUGACGAAUCCUGCGCCGAGUACCAGCGAAUCAACACAAACACAAAACCAACGAUUGAGCAGCAGUAGCUUUGUUGGAGAGGAGACCAUGGGGAUGCCAACCCCGAGCCCCAGUCCGUCACCGCAAAGACCUAUUAGACAACAACAACGGACUGUUUCACGAGAGGCGAGUGUGCCUGCGCCAGACUUUGACUUGUUUGGUGGCGGAAAUGCAGGCGACCCGUCUGCGUGGUCAGCGGAGCAACAGGCCCAGCUUCUUCAGGCGCUGAUGGGUGGGGGAAUGGGCAUGGGAGGCGCUGGGAAUUCUCCGAAUUUGUUUGGGAACGGAAAUCCGUUGGCGGCACUAAUGUCCGCUGCCCAAGCCCAAAGCCAAGCUGGUCCUGGAGAGGAAAACGAUGCUGGCGGGCUCGCUGCGCUCAUGGCUAAUGCGACAAACAACGCGGCGGGGAAGAUGCCAGCUGUUGUGCCUCCAAAAACGCGUCCGCAGCGUGUCUUACCUGCGAUACACGUGCUGUCAGUCUGGGCGCUAGUGAUUUACUUUGUUUUGGUGAGGGAGCCAGCGACGCAUUUGCAUCCCGAGGUGGACGGGUCAGGGAUUGCUUGGAGGUGGAGAAGAUUGUUGGGGAACGGGAGAGAUCGAGGGGGAGUUCCGAUAGUCUGGGGGGUGCAAGUGGUGCCUUUCUUUUGGGCUUUCGUGACGUUGGAGUUGGGUCUGCAUUCUUUGCGGAUAUUUUCUGGUUUCGUAGGAUACAUUCCGUCCACCAACACUACUCGCACUUGUGCUUCCAAGCCUGCCUGCGCCAAUACCCUCGGUCAUAGUACACGGAAUGAAAUAUUUCCAAAUGGGGUCGAUGUUCUUGGACGAUCUCGCUGCUGUGGUCGUCGCGCUAGGGCUGGUUAUUUGGUUAGCUACAUGGCUUGCAGCGUAGUCCGAAAUCAUAUUUGCGCUUCCCUUCUCCCGGCAACGAUCCCGAGAUUUGUCACGCUGGGUCUUGCACAGUCAUCAAAAAGUGUGACGUCUUUCGGUAACGACCAUCGAGACCGCCUCACCAAUCUUUCUUCCUCUUUCCCCCACCAUCGUAGACACCCACCAUGGUACCAGAUUCGGGCCCUCAUGGACCGGCCGACAAACAUCCGGAACAUGAGUGUCAUUGCCCAUGUCGACCACGGCAAGUCCACCCUCACCGAUUCGCUGGUGUCGAAGGCUGGUAUCAUUGCCGCCAAGAACGCUGGUGACAUGCGAUUCACGGAUACGAGAGACGACGAAAAAGAACGUGGAAUCACGAUCAAGUCGACGGCUAUCUCAAUGUACUUUGAAGUCGACAAGGAAGAGCUUCCCUCGAUUAAGCAAAAAACCGACGGCCCUGAGUUCCUUAUUAACCUGAUUGACAGCCCCGGCCACGUUGACUUCUCAUCGGAAGUCACUGCUGCACUCCGUGUCACUGACGGUGCUUUGGUCGUCGUCGACUGUGUUGAAGGUGUCUGCGUGCAGACUGAAACGGUCCUGCGACAAGCGCUCGGUGAGCGUAUCAAGCCUGUCGUCAUUAUCAACAAGGUGGACCGUGCCCUCCUCGAGCUCCAAGUCUCGAAAGAGGACUUGUACCAAUCAUUCUCGCGAACGAUCGAGAGCGUCAAUGUCAUUAUCUCCACAUAUCAUGACGUGGCUCUCGGUGACGUCCAGGUCUACCCCGACAAGGGUACCGUCGCUUUCGGUUCUGGUCUGCACGGAUGGGGAUUCACUCUUCGUCAAUUUGCGGCCCGCUAUGCCAAAAAGUUCGGUGUCGACAAGGAAAAGAUGAUGGGCAAGCUAUGGGGUGACAACUUCUUCAACACCAACACCCGCAAAUGGUCGACGAAGAGCACCGAUGCGGAUGGCAAGCCCCUUGACCGUGCUUUCAACACUUUCGUGCUUGACCCCAUCUUCAAAAUAUUCGAUGCUGUCAUGAACUUCAAAAAGGACGCGAUCGGCCCGAUGCUGGAGAAACUCGAUGUCAAGCUUGCAAAUGAUGAGCGUGACUUGGAGGGCAAAGCUCUGCUUAAGGCCAUCAUGCGUCGUUUCCUCCCUGCCGGUGACUCCCUUCUGGAAAUGAUUGUCAUCAAUCUUCCUUCCCCUGCCACCGCCCAGCGCUACCGUGUUGAGACUCUCUACGAGGGUCCCAUGGACGACGAGUCUGCCAUCGCCAUCCGUGACUGUGACCCCGCCGGCCCCCUUGUCCUUUACGUUUCCAAGAUGGUGCCGACCUCCGAUAAGGGUCGUUUCUACGCCUUCGGUCGUGUCUUCGCUGGUACUGUCCGCGCUGGCCCGAAAAUCCGUAUCCAGGGCCCCAACUACAUCCCCGGCAAGAAGGACGAUCUCUUUGUCAAGUCCAUCCAGCGUACCGUCCUCAUGAUGGGUCGUUACAUUGAGCCUCUCGAGGAUUGCCCUGCUGGAAACAUUGUCGGUCUCGUCGGUGUUGACCAGUUCUUGCUCAAAAGCGGUACUUUGACCACCUCAGAAACUGCCCACAACAUGAAGGUCAUGCGUUUCUCCGUGUCCCCUGUCGUGCAGGUUGCUGUCGAAGUCAAGAACGCCGCCGAUUUGCCCAAGCUCGUUGAAGGUCUCAAGCGUCUGUCCAAGUCUGAUCCUUGCGUCCAAACUUGGAUUAACGAGACCGGUGAACACAUCGUUGCUGGUGCUGGCGAGUUGCACUUGGAAAUUUGCUUGAAGGAUCUUGAGGAAGACCACGCUGGUGUCCCCCUCAAGCAAUCUGACCCCGUCGUGCCCUACCGCGAGUCCGUCAAGGCCGAAUCUUCUAUCGUUGCUCUGUCCAAGUCACAAAACAAGCACAACCGUCUCUAUGUCAAGGCUCUCCCCAUCGAGGAGGAGCUUACACAAGCGAUCGAGGCCGGCAAGAUCAGCUCUCGCGACGAUUUCAAGGCCCGUGCGCGUAUCAUGGCGGACGAGUUCGGUUGGGAUGUCACUGAUGCCCGUAAGAUUUGGGCUUUCGGUCCCGAUACGACCGGCCCCAAUCUGCUUGUGGAUGUCACCAAGGGUGUGCAGUACCUGAACGAAAUCAAGGACUCGUGUAUUGCUGCGCUCCAAUGGGCCACCAAGGAGGGUGUCUGUGCCGAGGAGAACAUGCGUGGUGUGAGGUUCAACUUGCUCGAUGUUACGCUCCAUGCCGAUGCUAUCCAUCGUGGAGGAGGACAAAUCAUUCCCACAUGUCGUCGUGCUUGCUAUGCUGCUUGCUUGCUUGCCACACCCGCUCUGCAAGAACCCAUCUACCUCGUCGAAAUUCAGUGCCCUGAGAAUGCCAUUGGUGGUAUCUACUCUUGCUUGAACAAGCGUCGUGGCCAAGUCUUCAGCGAAGAACAGCGUGUCGGCACGCCCAUGUUCACCGUCAAGGCCUACCUCCCUGUCAACGAGUCGUUCGGCUUCAACGGCGACUUGCGACAAGCCACCGGCGGACAGGCCUUCCCCCAGAGUGUGUUCGACCACUGGGAAGUCAUGGCUGGCUCGCCAUUGGACAAGGGCAGCAAGAUCGAGGAACUCGUUACCAAGAUGCGGACACGCAAGGGUCUCAAGCCCGAAAUCCCCGCUCUCGAUACGUACUACGACAAGCUCUAG